AUGAUUUAAUAGUUAAAAUAUUACAACAGAUUAGAAAAAUUUUUAAGCUCUUCACUUUUAUCUCAUUAGGUUCUCCAUAUUAAUCUGAGUGACAAUUAAAUUGGUGAUGAAGAUGUUUCAGGCUUAGGUUCUGCUUUAGUAAAUUGUAUUAAUCUCUCAAACUUGACACUUAACCUUGGCGACAACCAAAUUAGUGCAAUAGGUACAUUAGGCUUAGGUUCUGCUUUAGCAAAUUGCAUUAAUCUCUCAAAUUUGACACUGGACCUUUAUUGUAAUUAAAUUGGUGAUGAAGGUACAUCAAGCUUAGGUUCUGCUUUAGCAAAUUGCAUUAAUCUCUCAAAUUUGACACUUGACCUUUAGUAAAAUUAAAUUGGUGCAAUGGGUGCAUUAGGCUUAGGUUCUGCUUUAGCAAAUUGUAUUAAUCUAUCAAAUUUGAAACUUAACCUUGGACACAAUUAACUUGGUGAUGAAGGUACAUCAGACUUAGGUUCUGCUUUAACAAAUUGCAAAAAUCUCUCAAAUUUGGAGCUUUAGCUAGCACACAAUUAAAUUGGUGACCAAGGUGCAUUAAACUUAGGUUCAGCUUUAGCAAAAUGCAUUAAUCUCUCAAAUUUGUCACUUUACCUUGUACGUAAUUAAAUUUGUUCAAUGGGUGCAUCAGACUUAGGUAGUGCUUUUGUAAAUUGCAUUAAUCUCUCAAAUUUGACACUUAACCUUUAGCACAAUUAAAUUUAAGACGAAGGUGCAUCAGGCUUAGGUUCUGCUUUAGCAAAUUGCAUUAAUCUCUCAAAUUUAGCACUUAACCUUUAAUACAAUAAUAUUGGUGCAACAGGUGCAUCAGGCUUAGGUUCUGCUUUAGCUAAUUGCAUUAAUUUCACAAAUUUUACACUUGACCUUUAUUGUAAUUAAAUUGGUGAUGAAGGUACAUCAGGCUUAGGUUCUGGUUUAGCAAAUUGCAUUAAUCUCUCAAAAUUGGCACUUGAUCUUAAUGAUAAUUAAAUUAGUUCAAUUGGUGUAUUAAGCUUAGGUUCUGCUUUAGCAAAUUGUAUUAAUCUCUCAAAUUUAACACUAAACUUUGGUAACAAUUCAAUUGGUGACUAAGGUGUAACAGGCUUAGGUUUUUCUUUAGCAAUUUGCAUUAAUCUCUAAAAUUUGACCCUUAACCUUGAUCGCAAUUAAAUCGGUGACGAAGGCGCAUCAGGCUUAGGUUCUGCUUUAGCUAAUUGCAUUAAUCUCUCAAAUUUGGCACUUGACCUUUAAUGCAAUGAUAUUGGUGCAAAUGGUGCAUCAGGUUUAGGUUCUGCUUUAGCAAAUUGCAUUAAUCUCUCAAAUUUGACACUUGACCUUUAGUAAAAAUGGUUUAUUUAUUUUGGAUUGUGA